GUGAGAAAGCGCCGUGUGCUGGUGCAGCUCCUGUGCGGCUGUGUGUAAUCUAGUGUUUAGCAGCUGUUGAGAUGAAACCGUGGUUUAAGGCUGUGUGAUUAAUCAGCGAUGCCGCUUGUAUGUGGGUGUGUGAGCGUGUGUAAAUGGUCUGCAUGUAGUAGAGAGUGCGAGAGAGAGGAUUUGACCCACCGAUGGCCUGCCAGUGUAACAGUGGUUGUAAAUACCUCGCUAUGACCUGAGUUCCGCACCAGAGUCGAACAAGAUGUUUAAAUGAAGCCCUGGUUAAGGCUUGUUUAUUCUGAGCGCUAAAGGGUGUUUAUCUUAGCGGCAGGGGUCUCGGAGUUGAAGCAGAUGUCAAUGAACUAGUGAUGGGAUGAGCUCUGGGAAAAGUCCUCCAGAGCCUGUGAUUGCUAGGGAAAUUAGUUAUGCUACCUGUGGGGGGCCAACAUGUGUUUUUUCACCAUAGUCCUUCCCAUAGGGUAUAAACAGAGUCCAUGUUUAUACAGCUAAAUGAAGACACAGAGUGUUAAGCGUUAUAUUGCUAUGUGCUUCUCAAUGCAGUCCUUUCCCAUGGGGUGUAAACAGAGCCUCUGCUUACACAGCUAAAUGAAGAAACAGGUGGUUAUAGCGUGGUAGAGACACGCUCUUAGCGGCCACAGAGCUUGUUUUGAUACUUAAUACUUUGAUGUAAAUAUCCCUUUUAUAAUCAAGAAAACAGUACAAGUGGACUCCUGUCAUCACUUUAUCUAGCAUGCCUCAGCCAGUACGAUAGCUAACGUACAAAAAGCAGCAAGGGUGCGUUUUUCUAGGAGAUAAUAUUAUUUGUACACAGAAUCAAACAGAGAGCGGUUGAUUUUCCCCCCGAGUGUCGCAGAGUGCGUAGCUUGUCAAAGCUAGUGGAAAUAAAAGUGAGUAACGUAUCAUAUUCAGUAAAUGAGGAAAGGGUGAAUGACAAUGAAGCUUCACAGUGUGCGGGGAUGAUUAAACACUUAUGGUGAAGGCUCAAGGAUACGGAUGGGAUACAGACGUGUGUGUGUGUGCGCAGCGAAGUGUGCAUGUUGUGCAAUAGUGUGUGUGUAAAUCUAACGUUGUGUUUAGCUAGCUAGAUAGUUAGCAUUAACCGUAGUGUGUGUGUUCGUUAUAACCUUAAGGGUAAAGGUUAUGUGAUCUGAUUAUUAGUAUGUGAGCAUUUUGCAGUGCAUAAUGUUUUCAGACAGUCUAGGCAUCUGUGUAGCGCUGUGACGCCCCCUAUAGUACAUUAGGAAGCCCAAUGGUUAUCCGUAGAAUUGUCACAUGAUCUUAAGGGUCAGCCCCACAUCCUACCCCCAUAAGUAACAAAGUUUAGUUAGCACGGCUUUUCAUUUCGGCUCAUCUCAGCUGGUCUUGUUAGCGAUCCGGUUAGUCUGAAUUUCCACGUGUGUUUUCUUUUUUAUUAAAUCUUCGAUAUUGGAUGGCGUACAAAGAUUCGAAUAGAAUGGUCCUCUCCAACAGGGUUAGGGUGGUUAGCAUACGACGCUGAUGAGAACGAUUUUCAAGAACCAACCCAGAACAUAAGGCCCCGUGUAAACCGAUUAAGAAGGCGAUGGACGGCAGGAGUUCUGACCGCUGCUAACCGGGAUUUAACAAAACGGUUGGCACCACUACCACUUCUACCCGACGGCAACGCCAAGCUCCAUAAAGCGAACAACUCCGCAGAGGCCUCCGACACGUCACCUGCAGAGACGGAUCUUGAACAUUUGCGAAAAUUGUCCGACAAUUUACAAAGGUUUGGACCGAUAAACGACCAGGACCCCGAGGCUAAUCACAUCACAACAGGGGAUGAUGCGCCUACUCCGGGGGGACACAGAAUUAUGUCCAACAAGGGUAGGACAUGAACCGCUGACGCCAACUCUCAUCGAAUUACAAAGGGGCGCAGCGUUAAACGUACAGUCGAACACGGCAGGACAGCUGCGACCAGGUGUAGAGGAGGGGAUUGGAGCCCCAGAAGUAAAUGAUGAUGACCCCAAUGUGUCAAUACUACCAGACCAAGGACCUGUCACUUCAGAAGAGGAUGCCGAGGCUGCACUGAUCCACGCAUAUGGACUCAACGAACCCGGUGCGUCCGCUGAUUUAAGAAUUAUACCAGUGCAUGAGAAAUAUGUGAAUUUAUCAAGUGGUGACAUUCAGCAGUUAGGUCAGAGCAAUCCUCUUGAACAGUAUGUAGCAACAGACACAACUCAAGAACCGGUGACAUUAUCAGACGGUGAAGAUUUUUUCAAUUCCUGGGUUGAUCUUAGUCAAAUACAGACCCCUGCCGAUUCUAUAAUUGACGUCAUAAAUGUUAAAAUAGACAAUCUCCGUGGUGAUGUAAAAGAUCAAAUCAAAAGCGUCUUAGAAAAGAAUGCAGCAUUAGAGACAGCCGUCUUAGAAAAGAAUGCAAAAUUAGAGGCGUUGGUAAAAACACUAAUUGCGCAAAAUUGGCGACAGUUCAAACUCCUUUACAAGCAGCGACAAUCAGAAAACGCAAACACCAAGGCUAAACUUGAUUAACUUGAAAAUGGAUCCCCCCCGUAAAAGAAAAAAAAAAUCAAAGCAUCUAGAGAAUCCGGAUAGUGAUGAUGAUUUAUUAUCAUUAUUCGAAAACGAUCCAAAGAGUGACUACGAACAUGCAAAAAUUAUUGAAAGGUGCUACAAAAUUUCAGGUUUUGAAUACAAUAUAGACAAUGAAAUCGAUUAUGAUGAUGAUGAAUUCCUGGCAAAGUGUGACAAACAACUGACAGAAUAUGAAAAAAAGGAAGCAACACCGUUGUUAAAUUCAGACAGGCUGGUAUCUAGUGUGUAUGAGGACUCCCAUGCGUCAGAACAUCUAUGCAUACCUGAGCAAAACCCUCCACACACCUGCUUAAAUACAGACAGCGUACCGUCCACCAGCACUGCAUCGCUACACAGAACACCCCUAAUACAGACAGAGGCAGCUGAUGUACAGACGAUGCGCACACCAGGGCCAAACCCUGCACAACAAUUUCUAAAUACGGACAGUAGACCAUCUACCAGCACAGCGUCGCCAUACACACACAGGCAGGGCGGAGGCAGGGUAACAAACGCUAUAAAUGUCAGAGAAAUUCCGAAAUUUAAUGCUGCUGAAUUCCGUCAGAACAUCUCAUUGAGUGGAAUAGAUUUGACUGAUGUUAGUAGCGUCCCAUCGCAGGUUCACAGUAGCCUAACAGGCUUGAUUAACACAGCAUUGCAAUCCACAAAACAAGACAGCGUAUUGAAUGUGGUAUUAAGGGGUCCAGCGUUGGCUGAUGAUAUACAAACCGUGUUACAUGCAUGCGAUGACUACAACGUCGACUCAUUUCUAGAUCAAAUAGCUCAAGCGCUGCAGAGUAACAACUCAUCAUUAACCGAUGAUUCUCUAGAGUUUGUCGUCACAGUGGCACGUAGCAUGUCAGGAGGGGCUAGGUGUAAACUAGGCUCCGUGGGUUAUGACGACAUCAUACAACGGAAGAUUAAUUCACUUUUUAAUCCUAUGAAUACAGGAGAUGGGCUAUGCUUUGGGAUAUGCCUCGCGUACUAUGCUAAUGAGAAUAUGUCUAAAGACGAAAGACUAGACUAUGCAAAGCGCCUGUAUAGUGAAUUGGGGUAUGAACAUUCACACUAUGUAUCAUUUUCUGACAUUGACAAGUUUCAGAAGCAUUUGAAAAUUAAGAUCAUAAUAUUUCAUCAAGCUGCCGGCUGCAAAAACCCCCAGCUUUUUAAAACGCAUGAUGAGACAAAUGAACGUACUGCGUGGCUGUAUCUACAUGAUGACCACUACUACCUCAUUAAAAACAAAACAGCAUUUUUCGGAGCCCCCUAUGUCUGUGAUGGCUGUUACGCCCCAUACACAAAUUAUCUUACACACGGCUGCAGCAUGAACUGCAAUGUGUGUCAGACCGCGUGUUUUCGCAAGCCCGGUAAUACGGUGCGCUGCGGUGAUUGCAAACGCAUUUGCAAAUCCCAGCAUUGUCUAGCCCAGCAUAAGCUAAUGAAUGCAAAACAUCACUUUAUCCCAUGCGACAGGAUAAAAUACUGCGAUAAUUGCGGCAAGACAUACCAAGUAUGGAAAAAAGGAAAAAAACACGUUUGUAAAGCACUAAAAUGCACACACUGCAGGGAAGACAUGAUAGAACCAAAACAUGAAUGUUAUAUUCAGCCUCUCAAGAAAACACCAGCCGGUGCAAAAUACAUAUACUACGACUUUGAAACACGUUACCAGAAUGAUAGACACGUUGCCAACUAUGUCUGUAGCCUUGAUUCGAGCGGCUCAAAGUACUGUUUCUCAGGAACAAACUGUGUGGCAGCCUUUGUUAAGCAUUACAGAAGACCACGCUAUAGAAAUGCAACCUUCAUAGCACAUAAUGCCUCAGGGUUCGACAGCUACAUAUUGCUGGAAUAUUUUGUAAUGCAAAAUAUCUGUCCAACACUCAUAAUGAGGGGGUCCCGCGUUAUCUCAAUGUUUGACGACAACUUCAAACAGAGAGACAGUGUGGCCCUGACCUACGAAGGGGCCUACAUAAAGCCAAAUAAGACACAUUCUGAUGUGUCAAUGCAGUGGUUAGGAUAUCUGUCACAUAGAGAGAGCAUUGUCAUCCAACAUGCACUCAAUGGGGGUGAAAAAACCUUUGGGCCGUAUUCGGUCGAUGGGUACUGCGACGUCACCCAUACGGGUGAGGAGAAUCAGACAACACAAUGUUGUCACAACGACCGUGAGAGACAGUUGGCGGGGACGUGGGUCUCAUUCGAGCUGCAGAAGGCGUUGGAAAAAGGCUAUAAAAUAGCUCACAUUGAUGAAGUCUGGCACUUCCCGAAAAAAUCCGACAGUCUUUUUAAAGAGUAUGUGAAAACAUUCCUUAAACUGAAACAGCAAGCGUCAGGAUACCCCGGUAAUGUCAAAACGGAAGAUGAGAAAAAAGCGUACAUUGAGAAUUAUUACGCUAGAGAAGGCAUCAGACUUGAGCCCAAUAAGAUAGCUGUCAACAAAGCGGCGGUCCAAAAUGCUAUGCGUAUCGAACAGCCCAGGGAGCCACCCAAGUGA